AAAAAAAAUGAGAAUCACUGUUAAUAAAACUUUAAAAACUUUGACCUAUCACGAUAUAAGUCACUGAUUGGCACGAAACAAAUCCCAUUAAUUCAAUUAAACUUGAACCAACAUGCAAGUCUUUCUCCUCUGUGCCAUUGUGGCUGUUGGCUACGCCGCUCCCAGGACAUGUCAUGGUGAUAUCAACAAUCUUCACCCUAAAGGCAAAGCAAGUGGAGGUGUAGCCGCCUCUGAAGCCGAUGUUGCCUACGAUAUUCCCGCUCUUGAAAGACACAGGAACUGUUACCAGGCCAGCGCUGAUAGAAACUGCAUUCAAGCUUCAGUACUUGCUGCUAUCGCAAGUAGAGAGUCCAGAGGCGGCACCCUUUUAGUUGCCACUGGUGGUUGGGGGGACAACCAUAACGCAUGGGGUAUUAUGCAAUGUGACGUCAGGUAUUCUGGACUUCCAUGUACCUCCGUGCCCUGGGACAGUUGUGAGCACAUCGAGAUGUUGGUCAACAGACUCUUGGUGCCAUACGUCAACCAGGUACACAACAAAUUCCCUAGUUGGUCAAUGGAUCAAGCCCUUCAAGGUGCAUUGGCAGGUUACAACGGCGGAGUCAGCAGGGUGACAUCAUGGGCUGAUGUUGAUGCCGGCACCACUGGACACGACUACAGUAAUGACGUAGUAGCCAGAGCCAAGUAUCUUUUGGCCCAUGGAUGGAACUAGAAAUUUAUUUUUUUUUCAAUAAAGUGGCAUCUAGUCAAAAUCCUAUCUUUUAUAUUUGAAUCAAUAACUUGCUUUAUUUUCUGUUCAAGAUCUUUCAUAAUAAAUAAACUAAAAACUACAAAA